ACCUCUGCAACUAACUGUCUGCUGAGCUGAACUAACAUGCUUGUUUUUGAGUCCCACUGUGUGAACUUUAACCCUUUCUUAUCAAGCUGACCUGUAAUCAGCUGUCCUGAGUUUCCCAUGAUGUGGCAGCCGUGGGUGUACUUUGACUGCAUCUGAUGUAAACGUCUGGCGCCAUCAUGGAUCAGAGAAGUCACUACUUGCCUGAUUCUAACCGGCACUCCCACAGACGUCAAGACAGAGAGGUCCACUCCAGGUACGUGCAGCAGGAAUGGGACCAGAACCAUCCUCCACUGGACCCAAGAGACAGAGGUCGACACUGGGGCCAUCCUGAAUCCCAGUACAUGGCUCAUUUUAUGCCUGCCAGAGCUGAGCAGUUUCCUUACAGCUCUCAGCAAUACUCCUACAGCUACGGGUGGCGGGAACAGCCAAGACCUCAGUCCAGGCAUGGUUAUGAAUGGCCUCCCCACGGCCACUGGGACUCCAGAGACAGUUAUGGCCAUAAUGACUACUACAGAAGACAACACGCACAACAGGGUGGUGAACAGUGGGCUGACCCAUACUCUUGGAGAACCAAUGAAAGAACACACAGACAGGAAGGAGCAGAGACUUCAAAUAUGGAGGAGCACAGGUGGGACUACGGCAACAGCAGCUCUCUGCAAUCCUUCAGAGAACAUGAAGAAACUCCCUCCAGAGAUGAUGAGAGUUCCUGCUACUACCCCGGGACCCUGGAGAGGUCCAAAACAUCGGGACUGUCUUCCAGCAGUUAUGAGCUGAGUCAGUACAUGAAUGGAGCUGACCUCGGUGAUUCUGACCCAUGGCCUGCCACCACUUCUGACACAGAACACAAAGCUGCGCGUCAGGUCCCAGCUCCUCUGAAGUUCUCCAUCCCUCAUGCAGUGGUGAGCUUCGGGCCUGCAGGCAAACUCGUGCGAGUCACCCCGCACUUGUCAGCACCAGAAAGUGUCAGCCAGCUGCAGAUCCACAGCAUGGAAGUGAUUCUCAGUGAGACACAGGAACAGCAGGAGAUGAGAAACUUUCCAGGGCCUCUAACCAGGGAGGAUUUGCACAAAGUGGAUGCUAUCGAGUUCGCCCACCAGAAGGCAGAGGCCUGCAUGAGAGACAUAAAGCUACACGAUAAGAGCUCUGCUGCCCUCUUGUGGAAUCUAUUAAUACUUCUCUGUAGACAGAAUGGGCAAAUGGUGGGGUCAGACAUCGCAGAGCUGCUUGUGCAGGAUUUCCGUUCUAAUGGAAACGGGGGCUCAGAUGCACCCACGCUCAUUGACUUUAAUGAGCCUGCGUCUACCGUAGCGCCACCAACUGGAGGAGGUGACCUUCUCACAGGAGACCUGAGCAGCUUUCGCUCCGAGAGCCCAGAAAAAGCCUUGCAGAGCUACACUCAGCUGCUGCUCGGUGGAAGGAAAAAGGAGGCCCUGGAAUCGGCUAUGAUCAACGGCCUGUGGGGCCACGCGCUCUUUCUGGCCAGUAAAAUGGGCAGCAGGUCAUACACCACUGUACUGAACAGGUUUACAAGCCAGCUAGCAGCUAGCGAUCCCUUGCAGACUCUUUUCCAGCUGCUCUCUGGGAGAAUUCCGUCUGUAGCCUUGAGCUGUGCAAAUAAAAAGUGGGGAGACUGGAGGCCCCAUCUGGCUGUAAUGCUCUCCAAUGAGGCAAGAGACCCUGCUGUGCAGCAGAAGGCCAUCAUCACCAUGGGAGACUCACUCGCCUCCAGAGGCCUCAUCCAUGCUGCUCAUGUGUGUUACCUGACAGCCGGAGUUCCCUUUGGGCUGUUUACGAACAACGCAGAGAGACUGGUGCUUCUGGGCAGCAGCCACAGGCAAACGUUUGGAUGCUUUGCCACAAAUUCUGCCAUCCAGUGCACAGAGUUGUACGAGUACAGCCAGGCACUCGGAAGCAAACACUUCACAACACCGUCCCUUCAGGUGUAUAAGUUCCUGUAUGCCUGUCGGUUGUUGGACUUCGGACUUUCCUCUCAGGCCUUUCAUUACUGUGAGGUGGUUGGAGGGGCCCUCCUGAAGCAGAGGGAGCCUGACUUUGUGCUGACAGCAGAGGUCAUUAAGCUGUCGGACAGACUGAGACAUUCAGAGGGUCAGUACGGCGAAACCGUGUUAAGUGGAGCUCUGCGGGAACCAGAGUGGCUGCACAGGUUACGCACACGGCAUGGAAGUUUACAGACAGGAAGUUACGACCGUUUGCAAACACACCAUCUUCCUCUACAGAGUGGCUUUGCCUGUGAGGACAGAGAUGUAUUCCUGGAAUCGGAUUCGGAUGAUUCAAGCUGUCGUGUCCAAGACCCAGAGCCUGAACUCCUUUAUUUUAGAGCCUCUGAGGACCAAGAAAACAUUACUGGUCAAACUGGAGGAAGAACAGAAGAAGUGACAGAAACAGUCUAUAACAGAGAAGCACAGGACUGGCCAGACGCAGAUACUCCAGCACUGAUAGGCUACGCUCCUCCAGUUCUUCCUGUGGCCACAAGCCAAAAUGUCCCAUUUUACAGCGCUGAUAGUGUCAACGUCCAAAGUGCCCUUUCACAUUGUCCUCUCAGUAAUCUGUCAUCAGCUGCUGAUGAGGAAACCUCGUCUUCAGGUCCACAGAUGAUGCUGGAGCUCAACAUCAGUCAAACGAGUCAGCAGGACAUCCCUGCAACUGCAGAGGGAUCCGAAGAGCCCAUUGAGACCCCUAAAGAGAGCCCAAAGACAGGAUGGUUCAGACAAUGGUUUAGAUCUAAAACCAGCGAUGCCCAGAAGGAAACGAUGGAGCAGAAAGCAGCUCAGACAUCGUUGGAUCCCUCCCCCUCGGCUGGCUUCUCUUCUCCCCCUCCACCUGCAGGCCCCCCUCCUGGUGCAUUUCCAUCAGCGCCCUCUGCUGCCGGGAUAAAUCCUUUCUCAAGGAAAGCAGGCCAGCAGCUGGGGUAGGAGCGCUACCUCUAAAGCAGGGCGAUGCCGCUCUGAACCAGAAUUCAGGACUUUCACGAUUUAACCGAGCUUGGAUGGACAACGCUGACGUUCUCGUUCGGGGGGUGCUCUUUCAGGCCCCCUGCAGAGGAGCCACCGUCAGGUUGAAUGUAGGAUACAGAAAUACUUGCAACUCAUAUUCCGCCGACUAAGACAGCUGAGGUGUGCUUCCUAAAAGCUGAUGGUGGGAAAUUUCCAGGAGGUGCAGAACCUAUUUGGGGAGGGGGAUAGCUUUACUCACCGCAGUGACCAUUUUUAUACCAAGGAUGCAGCUAGAGUCAGGGCUCACUCAUGCACCCUAAAUGGAGAUUUCAUUUCCUAACGUGUUUUUUCUUGCUUCCACAAACUUUUAACUAAAAAUAAAAAUCCACAAGCUUCA